CCUGAACCUGAAGCAGGCUGCGUAAAGUUGUCGGGCAAGCAGGGACAGCGGAUAGAAACCGCUAAUGGAUCUGUUGAUAAAAUUAGAAGUUAUGGCGAACAACAGCUGAUUUUUCACAGGCAAAAAGAUAUCUUGUUGUUAUAACAUCUAAUCCCAAUAUUUCGAAGAUGUAUUAUUCCAUUCUUAAAGUUAUUCAAAAUCUGAGCUGUUUGGUAGUGUGUUGCGCGUAUUUUCCAAAUGCUCCGGCUACAGAAUAAUUCAGUUGCAGUCGCGACAUGAGCUCAGUUGGAUCCAGGACAAGAGAAGCCGCUUUUAUCCAUAAGCUGCUGCUCAAUUUGCGACCGAAGCAGAAGUUUAGACGGUGGGUCUGCUUGCUCAGCCUGACUCUUCUGCUGCUGCUCUGGUUCGGAAGUCUGAUCACACCGAGCAGCCCUUCAUCUGGUUCAAGACUCAGGGGCUACAGGAGGAUUAGGCCAGGCAGGAUGGGACAGUUUCUGGAUAUUCACUGUAACCGCUGUGCCUUGGUCUCCAGCUCCGGUCAGAUGCUUGGUGCCCGUGCAGGAAAUGAAAUCGACCAAACCGAAUGUGUGAUCCGUAUGAACAACGCCCCAACCAGAGGGUUCGAGAAGGACGUCGGGAGUCGUACUAAUAUCCGAGUCGUUUCUCACACCACUGUUCCCCUAUUGGUAAAAAAGGAGUGGUAUUAUUUCAAGCAAUCUGCAGACACAACGUAUGUGUUUUGGGGCCCCGAGAGAAACAUGAGGCAAGAUGGAGAAGGAAUUAUUUUCAAUAACCUCCUGAAGCUGGCCAUAAAGUAUCCGAAAGUGAAAAUGUAUGUGAUGACCAGAGAAAAGAUUCUGUACUGUGACAACAUGUUUCAGAAUGAAACGGGAAAAAACAGAAUGAAAACUGGUGCAUAUCUCAGCACUGGAUUUUUCACUAUGAUUCUGGCUAUGGAAAUGUGUGACAGCAUAGAUGUCUAUGGAAUGAUUGAAGAUAACUACUGCAGUCAGGCCAAUCGCUCUGUAGUACCUUACCAUUACUACGACCAGAAGAGGAUCAGUGAGUGCAGGAUGUAUACAUACCAUGAACACAAACCCCUUGGAGGACACCGCUUCAUAACUGAGAAGGCGAUUUAUGCAAAAUGGGCAAGGCGUAACAAAAUACAGUUUAAAUAUCCUGCAUGGAGACUCCGCCGUGGUUUAGAUACUCUUCACGAGGAAUGGCAACCUGUAUAAAUGUCUUAUUAACAGAAAAGAUGCUGUGUUACAAAGGAAGGUAGAUGUUACUGGUCUCAAUAAUUUUGUUAUUGUUUUUAUUUUUACCAAAGAAAAGGUUUUUCAUUUCAUGUGAAGAGAAGCAUUUCUGAGGUCGCACACAGUGACUGUGACUGGUUAUAUUAGACAUGUUUAUCCAUAUGUUUGUAUGGAUAUCAGUAAAGCAUAAGAAAACAGUAAACACAAAACAAAGUUUAUUUCACAGCUGGCUGUCUAUAAUUUCCUACUUCUCUUUUAGUGCCUUACUUUUAAGACAUACUUUGCACUUUUUAAUUAUGAGCUGCUCUCCUCAUGUUAUUGUAAAGCUAAAAUGUGGUACCGGGUAUAUAGCUUUACAAUCAAACAUAUCCAGUAUUAAUAAACAUUUUGUUUUAAGUUUGGUAAGAUCAAUAAGUAAAAAAAUG